GUCAAGCUCUCGCCUCAACUUCAUUUGGCCACUCAGCACUUCAGAAGACAAUCUUUAUUUUACUCAUAAACCUCACAUAGUAGAGAUAAAUCUCGAAUCAUUUUCACACUGGCGAAUUGGUUUUGGUCAACAACCUCUAGAGCUGAGGUUGGAAAGAGAGCUCCUCGAGAGACAAUGGCAGAACCUGCCUCAUUCCCACAAACAUUAACUCCACAGUUUUGUUUCUCGACCGUUGCGCUAAGAGGUAUUUCAUUGUCUAUCCUAAUGUUAGACAUUACUAAAUCUAAUAUUUUCUAGAUUUUCUUCGUAUAUCUCGCGCCUCAGUCGACGAUAUUAUAACACAAAAUCUCAAUGCGCUCGUAACACCUUCAACAGAAGGUUUCGAUCCCUCAUCUACCUCAACCCGCAUUCCUCGAUUACCUCACUCAAAACAAAUACCUGCAGCUGCAUGCCAGCGUUUUAAAGACUCGGUUCUAUUUUCCUCGUGGCAGUCGAGAUCAGAUGUGUUGAAUUAUUGCGCUUCGGUUGCUACGAGUCCCGAUCCUGGUGAUCCGGAUUUGUUGGAGAGACAAGUGGAGAGUGCGAGGGAUAGAGAAAGACUGGUGGAUGAGAGGUUAGAUCCUUAUUCGGCGAGGUUCUUUCCUAAAGAGGCGCGGACGGAAAGGUUGGCUGCUAUUGUGAGACAGGAAAGAGGGGUGGAGAGUAUUGUAAGGGCGAGGAGUUGGGGUUUAGUGAGGGAAAGAUGUGGAGAGGAUACGGAGGAUUGUGAAGAAGCUCUAGAUCAAUGGAGGAAGAGGAGGGAAAAGAGUUAGUAAGACUGGUCAGUGUGUAUGGAGUGUAUGGAUGUAUGGAUGUAUGAUUGUACAGAAGCGGGAGUUUUGGACGGGCUUGGCAGACUAUACAAGCCUUAAAUGACUGUUAUGAAUGGAAAAAUGGGAGGGUCUUGUAUGAACAGUGAUAGAGAAACUAUCAACUCUAUUGGAUUCAGUAUGACACAUGGAAAAAUACCUCUAUCCUCCACCAUUGCACAGGAGUAAAACAUGAUGUAUACUAGGCAUAUCCAGUUAUUGGUAAGACAUCAGAAAGUUUGUGAAAUCAACCGUAGAUAGUUUUUGGCUGUAACUCAGAGAUCAAAUAAGGAAAAGAAUUAUUAGACGUGC